AUGCGCAUUUGUCGCGUGCGGCAGCACAGGAAGUCCAGCCCGCGGCCCCGAGGACUCCCGACCAGCUGGCCAGGGAGGGCAGCCAGGCCUGGGACCCGCAAGCGACAUCACCGAGGGGAUGGACAGCUCGGAGAUGGAGCGGGCAACUGGUUCCCCUGGAGCCCUCUCUUCCACCACGUGCGCAGCCUAGAGAGACGUCGGGCCCUGUACACUGGGCUCCGCGGGGACCUCCGAGAACCAGCGUCGGCGCCUGGGAGCCGGAGCGACCCCCAUCAUCCCUCGCCCGAGGAGCGCCCGGGCUGGGUAGAAAACGCUGAAUACGACCUUGUCUCUGCCUAUGAGGUUGACCACAAUGGAAAGUAUGUGUCCCAUGAAAUCACACACCAUCAACGGAGGAAAAGAGCAGUGACCCAGUUAGGAGCUGAUUCCCUUCACCUUCGGCUGAGAGGAUUUGGGCACGACUUCCACAUGGAUCUGAAAACUUCCAGCAACCUGGUAGCUCCUGGAUUUAUUGUACAGACCCUGGGAAAGGGAGUCACAAAAUCAGUGAAGACGAUUCCACCAGAGGAUUUCUGUUUUUAUCAAGGCUCCUUGCGAUCCCACAAAAACUCCUCAGUGGCUCUCUCAACCUGCAAAGGUUUGUCAGGCAUGAUAAGAACAGAAGAUGCCGAUUACUUCUUAAAGCCGCUCCCUUCAGACCUCACAGGACAGCUCCAUGGCUCUGCCCGGGCGGGUUUACACUCCCACAUCCUGUACAAGAGGUCCACAGAGCCCCGAGCACAGAGGGUGAAUGAGAUCAUGAUCAUCAAGAGGAGGCGGGAAGAGGAAAGUCGCCAUGCCUCUCACCAUGACAAUCAACACCUUCAGGGUGGCUCGAACCUCAGGCGCCCACACAAGCAGCAUUUCUGUGGAAGACGCAAGAAAUCAUGGAUGUCCCUGCUUUUUUAGGUGUCUGCUUUAUUCAAAGAUGGAACAAUAGGAGGAAACAUCAACAUUGCAGUUGUGGGGCUGAUUCUCCUAGAAGAAGAACAGCCAGGGCUUACGAUAAGUCACCACGCUGACCACACCUUAAGUAGCUUCUGCCAGUGGCAGUCUGGAUUGAUGGGGACAGACGGAGCUCACCAUGACCACGCCAUCUUACUUACCGGACUGGACAUAUGUUCCUGGAAGAAUGAACCCUGUGAUACUUUGGGGUUUGCACCGAUAAGUGGAAUGUGUAGCAAGUACCGGAGCUGUACGAUUAAUGAAGACACAGGGCUGGGGCUGGCCUUCACCAUCGCCCAUGAGUCUGGACACAACUUUGGCAUGGUCCAUGACGGAGAAGGGAAUGUGUGCAAAAAGUCUGAGGGCAACAUCAUGUCACCUACCUUGGCCGGACGCAAUGGGGUCUUCUCCUGGUCACCCUGCAGUCGACAGUAUCUGCACAAGUUUCUAAGCACGGCUCAAGCCGUUUGCCUUGCUGACCGGCCGAAGCCUGCGAAGGAGUACAAGUAUCCGGAGAAGUUGCCGGGAGAGUUGUACGAUGCUAACACACAGUGCAAGUGGCAGUUUGGAGAGAAAGCCAAACUCUGCAUGCUGGACUUGAAAAAGGACAUCUGUAAAGCCCUGUGGUGUCAUCGGGUUGGAAGGAAAUGUGAAACUAAGUUUAUGCCAGCAGCAGAAGGCACUGUUUGUGGGCAUGAUAUGUGGUGCCGAGGAGGGCAGUGUGUGAAAUACGGUGACAAAGGCCCCCAACCCACCCAUGGCCAUUGGUCGGACUGGUCUCCCUGGUCCCCCUGCACUAGGACCUGCGGAGGAGGGGUCUCCCGCAGAGAACGCAGCUGCACAAAUCCCAAACCAUCCCAUGGAGGGAAAUUUUGUGAUGGCUCUACUCGUGCUUUGAAGCUUUGCAACAGUCAGAAAUGUCCUCACAAUAGUCUUGACUUCCGAGCCAUCCAGUGUGCAGAAUACAACAGUAAACAGUUCAGAGGAUGGCACUACAAGUGGAAGCCGUACACACAGGUGGAAGAUCAGAACUUAUGCAAACUCUACUGUAUCGCAGAAGGAUUUGAUUUCUUCUUUUCUUUGUCAAAUAAAGUCAAAGAUGGGACCCCAUGCUCGGAGGAUAGCCGUAAUGUUUGUGUAGAUGGGAUAUGUGAGAGAGUUGGCUGUGACAAUGUCCUUGGGUCAGAUGCCAUUGAAGACUCCUGUGGUGUAUGCAAAGGAAACAACUCGGACUGCAUGAUUCACAAAGGUCUCUACACCAAGCACCAUGCCACGAACCAAUAUUAUCAGAUGGUGACCAUUCCUGCUGGAGCCCACACCAUCCGCAUCUACGAAAUGAACACAUCCACCUCCUACAUUUCUGUGCGUAAUUCCCUCAAAAGAUACUACCUGAAUGGACACUGGACUGUGGACUGGCCAGGACGAUACAAGUUUGCUGGCACCACCUUCAACUACAGACGGCCCCACAACAAGCCGGAGAGUCUGAUGUCAGCAGGGCCGACCAACGAAACCCUGAUUGUGGAGCUUCUGUUCCAGGGCAGGAACCCGGGUGUUGUGUGGGAAUAUGCGGUGCCUCGGCUGCGGGGUGAGAGGAGGCUGAGUCUCCAGCCGAGCUACACAUGGGCCAUCAUCCGCUCCCAGUGCUCAGUGUCCUGUGGAGGAGGACAGAUGGCCACGAGAACAAGCUGCUACCAAGACCUGAGAUUGCAAGUGAACACAUCCUUCUGCAAUCCCAAGACGCGACCUGUCACAGGGAUGGUGUCUUGCAAACUUGCUGCCUGUCCUCCCAGCUGGUCAGUCGGGAACUGGAGUGCCUGCAGCCGGACCUGUGGUGGCGGAGCUCAGAGCCGGCCUGUCCAGUGCACACAGCGGGUCCGCCACAGAGAGGAGCCAGUCUUGGCCAGCCUGUGUCCUCAGCCCACGCCCACCAGCAGACAGAGCUGCAGCUCCCAGAGCUGCCCACCAGCUUGGAGCACCGGGCCCUGGGCAGAGUGCUCCAGAACCUGCGGAAAAGGGUGGAGGAAGAGGGCCGUGGCCUGCAAGAGCACCAACCCGUCCGCCAGGGCGCAGCUCCUGCCCGACGCCAGCUGCACGUCCGAGCCGAAACCCCAGACUCACGAGGCUUGUCUCCUGAAGCGCUGCCCCAAGCCCAAGAAGCUGCAGUGGCUGGUGUCUGUCUGGUCCCAGUGCUCGGUCACAUGCAACACUGGAAUGCAGACAAGGUUCCUACGAUGCGCUGAGAAGUUUGUUUCUGGGAAGUACCGAGAGCUGGCCUCCAAGAAGUGUCUGCACCUGCCCAAGCCUGCCCUGGGGCUGGAGCGUGCCUGCACCCCAGCACCUUGCCCCAAGCACCCCCUGUACCCCGCUGCAGGGCCCCCACGGGCCGCCUGGUUCACCUCACCCUGGUCUCAGUGCACGGCCAGCUGCGGGGGUGGGGUGCAGACCCGGACAGUGCAGUGCCGGGCAGGGGGCCAGUUGGCCGGUGGCUGCAGCGCCCACCAGAAGCCCUCGGCCUCCCUGGCCUGCAACACUCACUUCUGUCCCCUCCUGGAGAAGAAAGACACCUUCUGCAAAGACUACUUCAGCUGGUGCCCCCUGGUGCCUCAGCAUGGGGUGUGCGGCCACCACUUCUAUGGUUCUCAGUGCUGCCGCUCCUGCUCCAAGUCCAACCUGUGA